AUGAACACGCCUGGAUCUAUGAUUAUCGGAUGGAUCGCUCUUCUUGCCGCUGGAGGAGGAGCAUAUUACUAUGCAAAAAAAGACAUUGAUGCAAGAAGAAGAGCUCAAGAGCUUGCCAAGACUAGACCAACUGAAAAAUUGGAAU